AUGUCGAUCGGUCUGCUCUCAAACCUACUGCAAUUUGUUCUACGGUUACUUGGUAUUCCGAUACCGCGCUUUUUGCGUGCAUCUUCAGCAACGUAUACCUCACUUAGAGGUCCUCCACCAAUAGAUGACCCUAUGGUCGCAGCUGAUCGUCUUGUUCGUCAGUUAGAGGAGGAAACUGGCGCUGUGUGCGUCAGCCGCGUUGGUAUGUCAUUGCAACAAGGCGAAAUCGAAGCCACUGGGUCUGGACCAGAUGGCAGUGAAAAAAGGAAGGUACUGCCAGACUUCUGGAUUGGCAGUUACAAAUCUGCACUGGAGAUGGCGAAGAAGGACAUCAGAAUCCUUUGUGUGGUUUUGAUGAGCGAAGAACAUCAAGACAUGCAGGAAUUCCGGAGGAGCGUGCUGACUGAUCCUGAUCUCGUUCGUGUGCUCACUGACCACGCGAUCAUGACCUGGGCGGGUGAUAUUCGGGAUCGUGAAGCUUAUGAGGUGGCUCAAUCUCUCCAGGCAACCACGUAUCCGUUCGUUGCCUUCAUCGCGCUGCAGACGAGGGGCAGCCGGAGUAAUGCUAACUCGUCAAGUUCUGGCGCGACGCGGCUCGCUGUCCUGUCCAGGCACGAAGGUUCUCCCUUAUCCACCACGUCUGCCCCGGUGCUUCAAGCAUAUAUUAUAUCAACUCUCAUACCCCGCAUUACGCCUCUUCUCACUCGCCUGCGGAACGAGCAGCGAGCACGGCAGGCUGAACGCCUGCUCCGAGAGGAGCAAGACCGGGCAUUCCGAGAAGCAGAAAAGAAAGACCGUGAGCGCAUUGAAAAACGACGUGCUGAAGAACAAGUCCGUUUGGAAGCGGAGCGAGAGAAGCGCCAACAAGCUCAGGAGGCAUCCUUACUAGUCGAAAGACGAGAUCAAUGGAGGCGAUGGGCGAGGACGGCGCUUGUGCCGCCGGAAUCCCUGGACGGUGUUCGAAUUGGCAUUAGGUUGCCUGAUGGUCGGCGUUUGGUUCGCAACUUCAACGAGGACUCCACUCUUGAGCAACUUUACGCAUAUGUUGACGUACAAUCGAUCCCAAUCGAAUCACCUGCUCGUCUUCAUUUGGGCUCAUCACCUCCUGAUUUCAUUCCGGAAUGGAACUUCCGUUUGGCCUCUACCUAUCCUAGGAUAGAGAUUCCUUUUGUGAAGGAUGCCCGCAUUUCAGACGUUCCCGCUCUGCAAAAUGGGGCAAAUUUGAUUGCCGAACUUAUCAGGAAUGGGAUCUCCACGGCGGAAGAGGACACGGAUAGCGAGGAGGAUUGA